UUAAAUUUUAAAAAAUGUCAUCACAAGUUAAAAAUAUAUUCAUACAGUGUAAAAAAAUGGCACAACUUUUUUAAAAUGUUGAUACAUUCAAAAAAUGUUUGUGACAUAAAAAAAAUCACGCGUUUAAGAAAAAGUUCGGGACCGCAGGGUUGUCACCCUGGCAUGCCCGCAUCAAGCAGCAGCAGAACACGCAAACCAAUACAACUCCAAGACGAUGCCUUCAGAAAAGUCCGCGGCACCGAAAGCGCUGUUAUCACCCAUUCCAAAAAGACCUGGAAUAAGUGAUUCUCCCGGGGCUCGAGAUAGGACGGCAGAGGCCCUCGAACCACGACACCUCCAAGAAGGUAAGCGACACCCAUCGGCGUCGGCAUUGUUGACUCCGGCAGAGCUGUGGCAAGGCUUUCACCCAGGGCAGCCACACCCUCUCCUUGAACCGGUUGACGAAGCCCGCUACUCGCUCGAACUUCAACCCCCACCGCGCCUCGCCGCCAACGUAGCAGACGCUGAAUAUUCAGUGAACGAAUGAUGAGCAGCAGCGAGUGGUGCCUGUCAUCUUGCGUGCUGCACCUUCACCAUCCACGGUCCACGUAGCUGGAGUCAGGUGAGGGACCACCGCGUCACCACUCGCCGGAGAAGAACGCUUCUGGCAUCGGAGACUUGGACAACUACUAGUGUUGUUAGUGGUUGGCCAUCGCCGUCCGCCGACCGUCGUUUGUGAAUGAUGCAUGCCUGUAAUCAGCAUCACCUCACCAACGUCCAACCAAUAUCUUGCUGUGGCCGAUGUAGCAGCAGUGUCCACUCUAUUUUUCAGCGUCCAAUUGUAUGUCUCGAUCUCGAUCCAACGCUAGCUAAGCUGUGCUCGUGAUUCUAUUUGUCUUGGAGUGGCCUUCCAGAUGCUAAUCUAUAGCUCCUCCUUCCAGCAUACAUACAUACAACAAGUAAAUUAUCCUCUACUUCGUGUUGGCUUGUUGCACAUACGUACGGCGCUCGGUGCGGCCAUGGCACAGCCGCUGCACUUCGUCCUGGUGCCGCUCCUCGCGCCGGGCCACGUGAUCCCCAUGCUCGACCUGGCGCGCCUCAUCGCCGGCCGCGGCGGCGCGCGCGUCACCGUGGUCCUCACGCCCGUCAGCGCCGCGCGCAACAGGGCCGUCCUGGAGCACGCGCUCCGCGAGGGGCUCGCCGUCGACGUGGCCGAGCUGCAGUUCCCGGGGCCGGCGCUGGGGCUGCCCGAGGGGUGCGAGAGCCACGACAUGGUCACGGAGCUGUCCCACUUCACGCUCUUCUAUGAGGCCGUCUGGCUGCUCGCCGGGCCGCUGGAGACGUACCUCCGGGCGCUGCCACGCCGGCCGGACUGCCUCGUCGCCGACACUUGCAACCCGUGGACGGCCGACGUCGCGCGCCGGCUUGACAUCCCACGGUUCGUGUUCCACGGCCCGUCCGCGUUCUUCCUCCUGGCGCAGCAUAGCCUGGCCAGGCACGGCGUGCACGACACCGACAGCGUCGCCGGUGACUUCGAGCAGUUCGAGGUGCCCGACUUUCCGGUACGCGUCGUCACCAGCAAGGCCACGUCGCUUGGCUUCUUCCAUUUUCCUGGGCUGGAGAAGGAAAGGCGUGACACGCUGCACGCCGAGGCUACCGCCGACGGCUUCGUCUUCAACACGUGCGCGGCCUUCGAGAGCGCGUACACCAAGGGAUACGGAGAGGCGCUCGACCGGAAGGUGUGGGCGGUCGGGCCGCUCUGCCUUCUGGACUCUGACGCGGAGACGACGACCGGAAGAGGCAACCGCGCGGCCGUCGAUGCCGGCUCGGUCGCCACUUGGCUCGACGCGCGGCCGCACCAGUCCGUGCUCUACGUCAGCUUCGGCAGCAUGGCCCGCCUCUUGCCGUCGCAGGCCGCAGAGCUCGCCGCCGGCCUGGAGUCGUCGAAUCGCCCGUUCAUCUGGGUGACGAGGGAGACCGACGACCUCGACGCGGGGUUCGAGGACCGCGUGGAGGGCCGCGGACUUGUCAUCCGUGGGUGGGCGCCGCAGAUGACCAUCCUGUCGCACCCGGCGGUGGGCGGCUUUCUGACGCACUGCGGGUGGAACUCCACGUUGGAGUCGCUCACCCACGGCGUGCCGCUGCUGACAUGGCCGCACAUCGCCGACCAGUUCUUGAACGAGACGCUGGUCGUGGACGUGCUCGGCGCCGGCGUCCGCAUCGGCGUUAAGGUGCCGACCAUGCACGUGUUCCUGAACCCCGAGCUAUAUGCGAAACAGGUCGUGAGAGACGACAUCAAGAAAGCGUUGAGGGAGCUGAUGGAGGAGGGGGCGGAAAUACGAACGACGGCGAAGAAGCUCGCGACGGUGGCAAGGGAGGCGAUGGCGGAGGGCGGGUCGUCGGACCGGGAUGUGGCGGAUAUGGUUCGCCAUGUCGGGGACCUAGCGCACAGGAAGGAGAAGGGCGUGCCCGAGCUUGAAAACAACCAGAAGACAGAUGGUCAAGUCAAACAUUCCUCUGUAGGAUAAUUAAGACAUGUACUGCUCCCUCCGUCUCAAAUUAUUUAUGGAAAAAAGAUAUAUCUAGACGUAUUUUAGUUUUAAAUGAUAUAUUCAUUUUAUUUAUUUAUUUAUUAGUAUGACAAGUUAUUUCAUACGACAUGAAUAACAGGCCGAUAUGGUGAGAGAGGUGUGGAGUACAUCGAUUA